UUUUUCUUCUUCUCCUUCCUCCUCCUCCCCCUCCUCCUCCUCCUCCUCCUCCUCCUCCUCCUCCUCCGCCGGCUCCUCCCCCACCCCCUGCCCCAUUGAUGUGUUAUUAUUGGGGGGGCUGGAGCAGUAAAAAAAGAAGAAGGAAAAAAACGAGCGGGGCUCGGCUGGGAGAGGCUGCGAGCGGGGCGGGCCGGCGGCCGCGGCGAUGGAGGAGCUCACGGCGUUCGUCUCCAAGUCGUUCGACCAGAAAGUGAAGGAGAAGAAGGAGGCGAUCACGUACCGGGAGGUGCUGGAGAGCGGGCCGCUGCGCGGGGCCAAGGAGCCGACGGGCUGCGCCGAGCCGGGCCGCGACGAGCGCAGCAGCCCCGCAGUCCGGGCGGCCGGCGGAGGCGGCGGCGGAGGAGGCGGAGGCGGAGGCGGAGGAGGCGGAGGAGGCGCGGGAGGAGGAGGAGCGGGCGGCGGCGCUGGAGGAGGGCGCUCUCCCGUCCGGGAGCUGGACAUGGGCGCCGCCGAGAGGAGCCGGGAGCCGGGCAGCCCGCGGCUCACGGAGGUGUCCCCGGAGCUGAAGGAGCGCAAGGAGGAUGCGAAAGGGAUGGAGGACGAAGGCCAGACCAAAAUCAAGCAGAGGCGAAGUCGGACCAAUUUCACUCUGGAACAACUCAACGAACUGGAGAGGCUUUUUGAUGAGACCCACUACCCGGACGCUUUCAUGCGCGAGGAACUGAGCCAGCGGCUGGGGCUGUCCGAGGCCCGCGUGCAGGUUUGGUUUCAAAAUCGACGAGCUAAAUGUAGAAAACAAGAAAAUCAACUCCAUAAAGGUGUUCUCAUAGGGGCUGCCAGCCAGUUUGAAGCUUGUAGAGUUGCACCCUAUGUCAACGUAGGUGCUUUAAGGAUGCCAUUUCAACAGGUUCAGGCGCAGCUGCAGCUGGACAGCGCCGUGGCGCACGCGCACCACCACCUGCACCCGCACCUGGCCGCGCACGCGCCCUACAUGAUGUUCCCGGCGCCGCCCUUCGGACUGCCGCUGGCCACCCUGGCCGCCGACUCGGCCUCCGCCGCCUCCGUGGUGGCCGCCGCCGCCGCCGCCAAGACCACCAGCAAGAACUCGAGCAUCGCCGAUCUCAGACUGAAAGCCAAAAAGCACGCCGCCGCCCUGGGCCUGUGA